AUGUCAGUCUACAUUGUUUCCACCGCACGUACUCCCAUUGGGUCCUUCCAGGGCGGAUUAUCGUCCUUGACUUACACCGACUUGGGAAGCCACGCCGUCAAAGCUGCACUUGAAAAAGUGCCACAAAUCAAGCCAGAAGAGGUUGAUGAAAUCUUGUUUGGAGGAGUUUUACAGGCCAAUGUGGGCCAGGCGCCCGCACGCCAGGUCGCUCUCAAGGCUGGGUUACCUGAAUCCAUCGUUGCUACCACCAUUAAUAAGGUUUGUGCUUCAGGAAUGAAGUCUAUCAUCUUGGGAGCUCAGUCGAUUUUGACAGGAAGUGCUGAUAUCGUUAUUACUGGAGGUGCCGAAUCCAUGUCUAACACACCAUACUACUUGCCUUCUGCCAGAGGCGGAGCUCGCUAUGGAGAUUCCACCAUGGUGGACGGAGUCCAGAAAGAUGGAUUGUUGGACGUCUACUCGCAAAAAUUGAUGGGUGUUGCAGCCGAAAAAUGUGCUCUGGAUUACAGUGUGACCAGAGAAGACCAGGAUGCUUUUGCCACCUCGUCUUACUCCAAGGCCGCCAGUGCCCAAAAAUCCGGAAAAUUUGACCUGGAAUUGGCCCCAAUUACCAUCAAAGGUGUUCGUGGAAAACCAGAUGUGGUGGUGUCGGAGGACGAAGAGGUGAAAAACUUCAACGAGGCGAGACUCAAGUCAGCCAGAACCGUGUUCCAGAAGGAAAACGGUACUGUGACCGCCCCCAAUGCCUCCAAGUUGAACGAUGGUGGAGCUGCCGUGAUCUUGGUUUCCGAAUCCAAGUUGAAGGAAUUGAAGUUGACUCCCUUGGCCAGAAUCUCCGGCUGGGGUGAGGCUGCUCGUGCUCCUUUGGACUUCACCGUGGCUCCAUCGUUGGCCAUCCCAAAGGCUUUGAAGCAUGCCAAGUUAUCUCAACUGGACAUUGACUUCUUUGAGUUGAACGAGGCUUUCUCUGUUGUUGGAAUUGCCAAUGCCAAGAUCUGUGAUAUUCCACAAGAAAAACUCAAUGUCUACGGAGGAGCCGUCGCCUUGGGCCACCCAUUGGGAUGCUCGGGUGCCAGAAUUGUCGUCACCUUGUUGUCGGUGUUGAACCAAGAAGGAGGAAAGAUUGGUUUGGCUGCUGUGUGUAACGGAGGUGGUGGAGCAUCUGCCGUCGUCAUAGAGAAGCUCGACAAGGAUUACAAGCUCUAG